AUGGAUGAGAAGCGCGAUUCAAUUAUCGCUCUGGCCCUUAAUUGCUCCAAGCGACGUCUUCCUGCUACUCAGUUUCUCAACUUCUACAAUGAAUUGGUGAACGAUCAAUUUGGGAACUUCCUAACAAGUUCAGAGGAUGUACAAACCCAUGAAAACAAUAUCGAUGUGUAUGAAGAACUUUCUACCUGCCUGCUUCAAAUCCUGGAAUCUGGUGUUAAUAUUUUGUCCGCCGAUUAUGUUACCGAGGUCAUUUUCAUCAACUAUAAUAGCCAACUUGUGCAGCGAUUUCUUCCACAACUCCAUAAGGUUCAAAACUCGUCGCACCUUGCUCUCCUUUUCGCAAAAGCUAGUGCUUUUUUUCUGAAUUUGGACGACAAAUUGGUCGUGGAUCAAAUCUGCGCAGAUCUCGCGACCCUAAUACUGCCAUCUAUCUUCACCAUCAAUUUUGCGAGCCAAACUGAUGAAGUCAUACUGGCCGCUGCAAAGUUCAUUCGAAAUGUAUUGAAACUGUCGACCCACGCUAUCACGAUCACCGAUUUAGCGGUGAAAGAGGGAGUAACGGCAUUGUUGGGCCGUAUUUCCAAAACCCACAAAUUAUUGUACCGCAAAUUAUCUAAAGAUCUAGAAUCUCACGUUAACUACGUGGGCCAUGCUCCUAACCUUUUCCACCAAGAGGCAUUACAAAAUUUGGGCUCGCCAUCAGUUUUAUCACCCAAACGAAUCGAUACCCUGCCAACAAGUCCUAAAAAUUCCAACAUAUCCAAUCUGGGGAAUUCCUCCCACCGAUCAAUCAAGCUAACUAGAUACUGUAAAAACUUAUGGCUCAACAAUAAAGUAAUGAACUGGUCUACCAACGAAAGAGACUUUAUUUCCAGCUAUGGUGUGAUCGAAGUUGGUGUACAAAAACUUGAUAAAGCCCCACAUAACAACGUUGAAUCUGUCCUCGUUGAUUUGAUAGAAACGUCUUUUACAUCGUUUGCUCAGUUCGUUACUAAUCAACAAUAUCAUCAGCCCAACGCCCAUUUCAAUCUGCUGGAACGGCAAUGGACUAUCUUCAUUACAAAACAGCUGCCACUGUACUUGCUGGAGCACGCACCUCGAAAGUCCGAGAUUGUCACCACGGCGUUAGAAAACAUAGAUCACAAGGUAAUAAAGGCACUCAGGCAAUACACCUCCGAGAAAGACGAAUCUAAAAAUGGAGGAGAAGAUUUAUUUGAAGAUGUUCCAAAUAAGAAUAUGGAUAUCAGACACGAAUUUCUCAGAAAUCUUAUAAAUAUAGGGUUGCUUCCUCCUUCAAUUUUUAACGACUAUUUACGUGACGAUCAGGUUGUCGACGUGAAAUCACUACCUAGUAGCGACAAUGUUACGUUUACGAACGCUCAAGGAGUGAAGGAAAGCAUUACCAACUUUUCGCGCUUCAUUAAGGAUAAGAUGGGCGAACUAGAUCUCGAGUCCAUUUUCGAUCAAAAUGGUGGAACAUUUGGUAACGCAGAAAAUGGGAUUAUUCAAAUCAUACGAAAGUUCGAUACCUUGGCGUCAACGAAACAGCGCGAUCUUGCCGAAUUGUUCUACGAACUAUUUUGCGAAUCAGCCAAGAACUUCGACUGCAGAAACUUCUCCAAGGUCUGUUGUUUAAUGUCGUUGAACCUCUGCCACUCUUUAACAAGUAUGCUAACGUUUGUUUCACCUCACAACUUUUUAACUGUCGCCAUUCAGUUUAUAGAUGAAACGUGGGACGCAAAUGUGAAGGCCGCAGACAACGGGAUGAGUGAUGAGUUCGAGCCUAAUACGGAAUUUGUUUGUUUUACCUACGCCCUCAUUUUCGUCAUCCAUAUUACAAAAACGUACGAGAUACCUUUAGUGGACAUGAUUUCCACUAAUAUUCAUAUAUCUCCGGAUUCUUUCACAGUUAAACUUAUUUCAGAGUUAGGUAACGUACCGCCACCGCCACUGAAGCAAGAUGACAAUGGGCCCAGCAAGGUGCUAGAGAACUGGGUCCGUGACUUAUUCGUAAAUGGAUCAAUUUCUGACUCGUUGAUGAAGAGUGCUGACGCCAAGGAAUUGGCCACAUUUAUUCCAUACAUUUUUAAGCAGAGUGUUUUAAGCGUUGAAUCGGGGCUAGUAAAGGAUAUCACGGCGUUAACAGGUGGUUUUGAAUACUUUUUGCAGCCAUUCUUGAUAGUAGGGAUGGUUGGCAUAGUGUUUUGGGCGGAACAGUGCUUGAACUCCCUAAGGAGUCAAGAUAUUUCAAAGGAAAUACUAGACUCUGUUCUGGAGAUGUUGAGUACCGUUCUUAAUCCCUCAUCUCUCAACAAUGAAUCGAAACCCUUACAUACUCUCAUUUUGAGAUUAAAUAGCGCCCAAUUGCUUAAGGCAGCGAGGGCGCUUCGAACGCGAUCGAGAUCAAAUUAUGGCAUGUAUUCAUCUGAAGGGGAAGGAGAUCCGAGGUUGGGGUCCAUCAUUUCUCUUUUAGAGGACAUUGCUCGCGCUGGAAAUCUCUACAACGUAGAUCCAUUGCUACUCACUUCUGAGAAUGGUUACCAGAAGAAAGAAAUUGGGUACUACCCUUUUUUAAUCACGGCUGAAAACUCCAUUAAUAGCAUAAUAACCAAUCAAGUCAAUUCUUUUUGGAAUUUGCAGAGCAGCACGUACUAUAACCUCGACUACCUCUUUGCUCUGGUUGAUAUUGUUACUCCCGCCACCUUUUUGCGGGAUGUUCUGAAUGCUCUGUACGCGAAAGCUUCAGAUCCAAAAAAUACAGGCCAUCGAAGAAAGGAUACCGACGGGGAGGGGUCCAAUAGUUUGGACUAUCUGUUUUACUUUAUGGUUACUCACGACCUAAAAAAGAGCACGAGCAAAGUGGAACUUUUACGGUUUCUCGAGUCCGCCUCCGAGGUUGAGAGCGAUACAAAGAAAACUAGCGUGGACACGCAGGCAAUGACAAAGCCUGAACAAGCGCCGGAUGAAGAUUUUGACAUGCUAUUUGGAGAAGAUACUAGCCUUCCUGGAAAUGAGACCAAUAUGACAGCUGACGAUUACAAGGUGGGCGACGUCCUAAGCCCCAAGGCUCUCUACUUGCUGAAGAACUCUUUUUUUUUACCCUUCAAAAUAUGGUACUGGCAGACAAAACGGCUUUGGAUAUUGGAUCCAUAUAUCAAGAAGACUACCAACGCGUUAUAUCCCUACAUGACAAGUAUAUUAAUAUUUUGA